CCCCUAUUUUUCUUCCAAUCAAGAUAAAAGAAAUGGAGGGUAUUUUCAAAUUUUUGUGUACAGGCUCUGUAUUUGUUCAAAAACUUUGAAUUGUAGCCCCUCAUGGGCAAACGGGCAUUCCGCCAUUUGAGCUUCGCUUUUUGUCUCUUUCUAGUAUAAUGAACCUUUGCAUAUAUCUGCAAGUAUGACGCCAAUGGCGGGAUGGAUGGAUGGAUUGUGGAUAAUUUUUACUUUUUCAUAGAUUUCAAAAACCCUAGAUCAAUCUUGUUUUCCCGCCAAAACUGGGUCACCGAAACUAAUCGCACAUAGUCAACCAGUGGUAGUCCGAGUGCUCGCUCUUUUUCACGAUUCGCUACCGGAUUUAUUGCCGUGUCUUUUCUUGUUCUCGAAAUUUUGGGACCUGGGGUUUUCUUUUUUCUUGUUGGUUUAUGGUUUGGUGUAAUUUUGUCUGGCGAAAAUGGAACCAGGGUGUGGAGCAUUUGAUUUUAGGGUUUGAAUUUCGAUUUAUGGCAGGAUGUUGGGUGAUAGCUGAUCGGUCUGAGUUAUAUUACUGAGAAGAUUGAGGUUUUAGUGUUGAAGGUCUGUUGUUAUACCUUUCGAAAGGCUUGUUUAGGUGGUUCUCUUCUAUGUGGCAUCUUCACGGCUCGUUCCUUCCUUUUUCGUCAAUUUGGCUAAGGACAUUGUGAUUGUGAAAGAUAAAGGGCGAGGCAGUUUCAAAUUGAUCGUGUAAUAAUCUUGAUUGAAUUCGAAUGUGCUUCCGUUUUGAAGUUGUGUCAAAUUGAGUAUUUGGAUUCAGAGAGCUGGAGGAAGUUGCAGGGGAAAAGAGACAGAGACAGUGCAGUUUGAAUUUUGUUACAAGAAUUGAAAGAAGUCUGUCGAGUUCAGAAAACUCAGUUAGAGAUACUUGAUCAGAAGAAAUAAGUUAAGCUGCUUUAACAUCUAAGCUUGACGUGCCGGUGCAGUGCUUGAACUUGUGUCGAUGGGAAUGGAGCUAGAAAUUGGGAAUUUCUGUGUUCUAAUUCAUCAAAAGGAGUGGUAACAUCUCGUAAUGGUUGAAAAUUGGCUUGUUACGGAAAGGCAAUCACAGUCAUGUUGUCAGAUGAGUUAAUGAACUGUGUUGGCUUUGACGAAAACUCCAUUUCAGAUUUUUCCAAGAGAAUACGUGAUAUGAAGAGCGAUAGGAUGAAGAGUGCAGAUGCAUUGCCUCGCCGAGGCAAGAAACUCAAGGAUAAUGAUCAUUGCAACCAUGAAAAUGAGGAUAUAAAAAUUGUUGAUCCACCCUUCGUUAAGGAAGCGUAUUUUGUUCCUGAGAGAAAGCAAGAACCAAUGUUGGGAUUGCUUAAUUGGCUUAAAGGUAUUGCAAGAAACCCUUGCGAUUCUUCAAUAUGUUCAUUACCAGAAAAGUCAAAAUGGAAAUCAUAUGGAACUGAAGAGAUUUGGAAACAAGUUUUGCUGGUUCGAGAGGCAAUGUUUCUGAAAAGACAAGUCGACUCAAGUAGCGAACAAUCUUCCUCACAGAAAAAUCAGAGGAUGCAUCCUUGCAUGUACGACGACGAUGCGGUUCCGAUUUACAACCUCAGAAAGAGAUUAUCAUUUGAAAAGAAAGUUGUUCCUCAAGAGCCUGUCUCUAAAUCUAGUGAUUCCUCACCUACAGAUUCAUCAGAUGAUUACAAGCACAUUCUUUUGGGGCCAGAGUAUCAAGCUCAAGUACCAGAAUGGAAUGGUGUGAUAUCCGAAAGCGAUUUGAAGUGGUUGGGAACCCGAGAUUGGCCCUUGAAGAAAGAAAGGAACAGAUAUAUAGUUGAAAGGGAUCCCAUCGGAAGGGGAAGACGAGAUCCUUGUGGGUGCUCAGACUCGGGUUCGGUUGGUUGUGUCAAAUUUCACGUUGCUGAGAAAAGGCACAGACUGAAGCUGGAAUUGGGCACUGCAUUCCUCCAAUGGAGAUUCGACAAUAUGGGGGAAGAUGUUACAUCUGCUUGGACAGUGAGUGAUGAGAAAAAGUUCGAGGACAUAGUAAUGUCGAACCCUCCAUCUCUAGGGAAGUGUUUCUGGGAUCAGAUCAUUGAGUCGUUUCCUUCCCGGAGCAGGGCAGAUCUUGUCAGCUACUACUACAAUGUCUUCCUUUUGCGUCGCAGAGGACACCAAAAUCGGGUUACGCCAGACGAAAUCGACAGUGACGAUGAAUCAGAAUCUGGACUUGCAACCAACGGAUUUGGACAUGAAGUGCAUAACUCGCCGGGCUCCAUCUUCUACUCUCCCAAGAAGCCACGGUAAGCUCGAGGUAUCGCUCGAAAACAGAUUUUGACGAGUACCAAUGUUGAUAAUGUUGAUUCAGAUUUGGAAAUAGGCAUUUUUGAUUUAUGAUUUGUGUAAGGAAAGGGGAAGAAGGGGGAAAGGAAAAAAUUCUUUUGUGAUGUUACAUGGAAAGUUACAGUAAUAGCCUGUGAAAAAUGGAAGCUAAAGGGGGGAUGAAGGCAUUGUGAUUUACCGACUCAUUGUUACGAACACGAGCUGAAUUCAGAGGCUCGAGCAAUUUUGGUUUUGGGUUAUAUCUUUCGGUUUCGAUCUAAUCGAAAGGUUGAUGAAUUGUUUUGGCUAGAUUUUGUCUCCUAGAAUUGGAGGAUCCUGGUGAAAAGGUCCUCUCAAACAAGGGAAAUAGGAAUACCUAUGAUUCUUAUGGAAAGGAGGAUGACAUUUUUCUCAUUCCAAAAGUUUCACCAUUGUAUAUUUUUUCCCUAAUGUUUUUGCUGAUGUUAGCAUAUCAAAUACGUACAAGCAUAACCUUUAAAUCAAA